AAAGUUAUAAUUACCGUUCAUUUUCAAAGCUAUAAAGCCAGAUUAUCAAAGGGUUGAAAUAAUCCGGGCCUUUUAUCAAAGUGGGACUCGUCAUAUAAACGGUCUGGAUCAUUGGAAGACUAUCCAGAUCAAAGACAAAGCCCCGACGUAUCAUAUUCCAAUACAGAUAGAUGUAUUUGAGCAACCUCUUUGAACACCGUCUCUCCACAUAAGAAGUCUCCGCAAACCGCUCUCAAAAUCUCCGUUCGUCCCUCCCUCUCUCUCUCUGCGCGAUGGAAUCCUUCGUCAAACAAGAACCCCUUGAACCUGUGGAAUUUACAGCCCAUGCCACUCCACCAUCGUCAAACCCCUCGAACGCCCUCCCUGUAAUCGAUCUUAGCACCAGCAGCAGCGAUAGCGAUUCCGACGACGAUGAUUUGGACGGUCCGGAUUCCGCAUACAAAAGAUCGAGGGUUUCGGACGGCGAGGAAGGCGGCCCGUACAAGAAGCAGAAAUUCGAUGAUUUGCCGCUCGGAUUCCUCGACCCGCUCCCCUCCGACGAGGACCUCCCGCUGCUUGAGGCGGAGCCGAUCUCGCGGGCUCCGCCAGCGGUCGCCCAGGCCUGCAAGCAGUUCUGGAAGGCAGGGGAUUACGAGGGGGAUCCUGUCAAGGAGACCAAAUCCAUUUCCGCCGGAAUGGAUCAUGUUAGGGUCCACCCAAGGUUUCUACAUUCAAAUGCAACCAGCCACAAGUGGGCUCUUGGAGCUUUUGCUGAGCUUUUGGAUAACUCUUUGGACGAGGUAUGCAAUGGAGCUACAUAUGUUAACUUAGAUAUGUUAGAAAAUAAUAAGGAUGGGAGCAAAAUGCUGCUGAUUGAAGAUAAUGGUGGUGGAAUGGGUCCAGAUAAAAUGCGUCAAUGCAUGUCUCUUGGAUAUUCUGCAAAAAGCAAGUUAGCGAAUACUAUUGGACAAUAUGGAAAUGGUUUUAAGACAAGCACCAUGAGACUUGGAGCCGAUGUGAUUGUGUUCUCUCGCUGUCGAGGAAAAGAUGGCAAAAGACCUACACAGAGCAUUGGAAUGCUAUCCUACACAUUUUUGAGGAGCACUCGGAAGGAAGAUAUUGUAGUUCCCAUGAUUGAUUAUGAGAAAGAAGGAAAAGCUUGGAGAAAGUUGAUACGUUCAUCUCUGGAUGAUUGGAAUAGAAAUGCAGAAACAAUAAUUCAGUGGUCCCCUUAUUUAAGUAUAGAAGAUCUUCUUCUACAGUUUAGCUCAAUGAAUGAUCAGGGUACACGCAUAGUUAUUUACAAUCUCUGGGAGGAUGACCAACGAGAGCUGGAACUUGAUUUUGGUGCUGAUCGAUAUGACAUUCAACUUAGAGGCGUCAACCGUGACGAGAAGAAGAUACAAAUGGCAGCACAAUUCCCGAACUCCAGGCACUUCUUGACAUAUCGACAUUCAUUAAGGAGUUAUGCAGCGAUUCUCUAUCUCAAGCUUCCAUCUCGCUUCCGAAUAAUUUUGCGUGGCAAAGAUGUUGAGCACCACAAUACUGUGAAUGAUAUGAUGCUAGUACAAGAGGUUACGUACAGACCCCAACCAGGCGGCGAUGGGGUCCCAAAAGACACAAAUAUGGUUGCUGUUGUGAAAAUUGGGUUUGUAAAGGAUGCAAGGGAUCAUAUUGAUGUUCAAGGGUUCAACGUUUAUCACAAGAAUCGACUUAUUAAGCCAUUCUGGAGACUUUGGAAUGCUGCAGGAAGUGAUGGUCGAGGAGUAAUAGGAGUAUUGGAGGCAAAUUUUGUUGAACCAGCUCAUGAUAAACAAGGCUUUGAACGCACACUUGUGCUUCAGCGACUUGAGACAAGACUGAUUCAGAUGCAGAAAACAUACUGGUCCACAAACUGCCACAAGAUUGGCUAUGCACCUCGUCGUAGUAAGAAGCUUAUAGAUGGUUAUUCAGCUAAAGAGACUUCACCUGAGCGUCUUCCUCAGCAAUCAUCUCGGAAAGCGAGGGACGAUACUUCGUCACGUAGUGUGGCUCCCCUUUCAAUCCGGUCACAAGAUACAGUUCAGCUUCCAGAUACUGACAAGUCUCAGUCACGCUGGAUCUACAAAAGAUACAAAAGAAGUGAUGGUAAGGGUGUAAAUGGGCAUGUUUCCAGUGGUGCAGAAAAUGGGAAGGCCACGUCAAAGUUUGGAAAGAGAAUAACUGUUUCUCCACCAUCAAGGGUUCCUAAAAGAUUGCUACCUGAAGAGGAUGCGAGUGACUAUGAAAUUCACCACCUCGCUCAUGACACACUAGCAAAUGGCUCCAGUGUCCAUAACGCAUCUGCUGCUCAGAAAUCUUCCCAGAAAGAUAGCUCUAAUGCACCUGGGCCUUCCCCUUCAUACUCGGACUCCAUAGAAAAAGGACACCAAGAUGCUUCAAAAGGAGGAACUGAUGGGAUUGCUACAGGGACGGCACACUUGAAGCCAGUUGAUGCUCAAUGUAAUGGAAGUGGAACUGAUCGUGGAAGCUCCAUUGCUUCCCAUAUGAGGCAGUUGGAAGAAGAAAAUCAUGAAUUAAAAGAGAGAUUAUGUAAAUUGGAGGAAUCGAUGUCAGUGGAGUUGCAGUUUGAAAGAGACAGGGCUAAAACGCUUGAGGCUCAAAUGCGUGAAUGGGAGCGGAAGCUGGAGGAGGCAAACAGAGAGCAGGAAGCUCUCAUUGAUAUAUUUUCAGAAGAGAGGAAUCGGCGUGACAAAGAAGAGGAAAACUUGAGAAAGAAGUUGAAGGAUGCUACUAUCACCAUACAAGAGUUGAUCGAGAAGGCGGCAUCCAAUAAUACUACGAAGAUCAAACAAGAACAAUAGGGCCUGGCAUCAAUACACAUGCAAAUUCAUUUGUUCACUGUCAGUCUGAGCUUUCGCUCUAAAACACUGACAUGGCAUCCUUCAUCAUCCAUCCCGCUUCCCGUUUGGGAAUGGCCAGUCGCAUUUUGAGAAGACGGUUACCGAGUUUCACUGAAGCAGCAAGAGCUCUGACCAUAUAAAAUCACAAUUCUUUUAUUAUUGUUUUUUCCCCGGCUUCUGCCUAACUGCUGUUUCACCAUAGUAGCAAUGAAAUGCGUGGCGAUGGAGGGAUGGCUGAUUAUUGAUCUGUGUAUAAUUUGAUUACUAUUUUCUCUUCGGCCACUAUUUUUCUGUACAGGUUCAGUUAAACUGAAUAUACUAUGAUCAAAAAAUUUGAUUGAUGAGAAUGAAAAAGGCAUUCAUGUAGGUUUUUGCACUUGUAUUUAAAGGAGGAAGGGUGGGUUUUUAUCCAAUAGUGAUGGAACAUGGGACCCACUUCGACCUGAGGGACUAUGAUUGUUUGUCCUUCCCAGGUGAUCUGAUGUUA